UCCGUUGUAAACCAGGACAACUCCUCUCAUCCCUGGGAGAGAAAAAAACACAAACCAGGGAGACAGCGGGGUGGAGUACAGGAAGCUGCUGUCCGAGGAUAUCUAACAUGGGCCACAUCUAAUACCCAACAAACCCCGGCAUUCCCCUCUCUCUCAUCCCUCUCUUUCGGACCAGAGGCAGGAGAUCGUAGAUCAUUUCCCUGAUCGGAGAUCGGAGAUCAGGACGAUCAGGAAGAUGUCUCGGGGAGUGAUCCAGCCCAGCCAGCAGAAGCUGGCCGAGAAACUCACCAUCCUCAACGACAGAGGCAUCGGGAUGUUGACCCGGGUUUACAAUAUCAAAAAGCAAGGACAAGUUUGGAAGGCGUGCGGCGAUCCCAAGGCUAAGCCCUCCUAUCUUGUUGACAAGAACCUGGAGUCUGCUGUUAAAUUUAUUGUUAGGAAGUUUCCUGCCGUGGAGACGCGCAAUAAUAACCAACAGCUGGCUCAGCUGCAGAAGGAGAAGUCGGAGAUUCUGAAGAACCUGGCUCUUUACUAUUUUACCUUCGUGGAUGUCAUGGAGUUCAAGGACCAUGUGUGUGAGCUGCUGAACACUAUCGACGCCUGUCAGGUCUUCUUUGACAUUACGGUAAACUUUGACCUGACCAAGAACUACCUGGACCUGGUGGUGACGUACACUACUCUGAUGAUAAUCCUUUCUCGCAUUGAGGAGAGGAAAGCCAUUAUUGGACUUUACAACUACGCCCACGAGAUGACACACGGAGCCAGUGACAGGGAAUACCCCAGGUUGGGCCAGAUGAUUGUGGAUUAUGAGAACCCUUUGAAGAAGAUGAUGGAGGAGUUUGUUCCACAUGGAAAGUCUCUUUCAGACGCGUUGAUCAGCCUUCAGAUGGUCUAUCCCAGGAGAAAUCUGUCGGCUGACCAGUGGAGGAACGCCCAGCUGCUCUCUCUCAUCUCAGCUCCUUCCACGAUGCUCAACCCCGCCCAGUCAGACACUAUGCCUUGUGAAUACCUGUCACUGGACGCAAUGGAGAAGUGGAUCGUGUUCGGUUUCAUUCUGUGUCACGCGGCGCUGAACAGCGACGCAGCAGCACUGUCUUUGUGGAAGUUGGCUCUGCAGAGCUCCACCUGUCUCUGCCUGUUCAGGGACGAAGUCUUUCACAUCCACAAGGCGGCUGAAGACCUGUUUGUGAACAUCAGAGGGUACAACAAACGCAUCAAUGACAUCAGGGAGUGCAAAGAGCAGGCGCUUUCCCACGCGGGCACCAUGCACAGAGAGAGACGCAAGUUCCUCCGAUCAGCUCUGAAGGAGCUGGCCACGGUUUUAGCUGACCAGCCCGGACUGCUGGGUCCAAAGGCCUUAUUUGUGUUCAUGGCGUUGUCGUUUGCCCGCGAUGAAAUCAUCUGGCUCCUCCGACACGCCGACAACAUCCAGAAGAAAAGCACGGAUGAUUUCAUAGACAAACAUAUAGCAGAGCUGAUCUUCUACAUGGAGGAGCUCCGAGCUCACGUGAGGAAGUACGGCCCGGUGAUGCAGCGAUACUACGUCCAAUACCUGUCUGGCUUCGACGCCGUGGUGCUGAAUGAAAUGGUGCAGAACCUGUCCGUGUGUCCGGAGGAUGAAUCCAUAAUCAUGUCUUCGUUUGUCAACACCAUGACGUCUCUCAGUGUCAAACAAGUGGAGGAUGGAGAGGUGUUUGACUUCAGAGGAAUGAGGCUGGACUGGUUCAGACUGCAGGCCUACACCAGCGUCUCUAAAGCCAGUCUUGGUAUCUCCGAUCACAAGGAGCUUGGAAAGAUGAUGAACACCAUCAUCUUCCACACCAAGAUGGUGGAUUCCCUGGUAGAGAUGCUGGUGGAGACGUCGGACCUGUCUAUCUUCUGCUUCUACAGCCGCGCAUUCGAGAAAAUGUUCCAGCAGUGUUUGGAGCUCCCCUCCCAAAGCCGACACUCCAUCUGCUUCCCCCUGCUCUGCACACACUUCAUGUCCUGCACGCACGAGCUCUGUCCCGAGGAGCGCCACCACAUAGGGGACCGGAGCCUGUCGCUCUGCAACAUGUUCCUGGACGAGAUGGCCAAACAAGCCCGGAACCUGAUCACUGACAUCUGCACCGAGCAGUGCACACUCAGCGACCAGCUGCUGCCGAAGCACUGCGCAAAAACCAUCAGCCAAGCCGUCAACAAGAAGAGCAAGAAGGCGACGGGGAAGAAGGGGGAGCCGGAGAGGGAGAAGCCAGGGGUGGAGAGCAUGAGGAAGAACAGACUCCUGGUUACCAAUCUGGAUAAACUCCACACGGCGUUGUCCGAACUCUGCUUCUCCAUCAACUACGUUCCCAACCUGGCGGUGUGGGAGCACACGUUCACGCCCCGGGAGUAUCUCACCUCACACCUGGAGAUCCGAUUUACCAAGUCCAUAGUGGGGAUGACGAUGUACAACCAGGCUACGCAGGAGAUAGCCAAGCCCAGCGAGCUGCUGACCAGCGUCCGAGCGUACAUGACGGUCCUGCAGUCCAUAGAGAACUACGUGACCAUCGACAUCACGCGUGUCUUCAACAACGUCCUGCUGCAGCAGACGCAGCACCUGGACAGCCACGGGGAGCCCACCAUCACCAGCUUAUACACCAACUGGUACUUGGAGACGCUGCUCCGUCAGGUCAGUAACGGCCACAUCGCCUACUUCCCAGCGAUGAAGGCCUUCGUCAACCUGCCCACGGAGAACGAGCUGACGUUCAACGCUGAGGAAUACUCCGACAUCUCUGAGAUGCGUUCACUGUCAGAGUUGCUGGGACCGUACGGUAUGAAGUUCCUCAGCGAGAGUCUCAUGUGGCACAUUUCAUCACAGGUUGCUGAGCUGAAGAAACUGGUGGUUGAGAACAUGGAGGUGUUGGCCCAGAUGAGGACCAGCUUCGACAAACCGGAGCACAUGGCUGCUCUCUUCAAGAAACUCACAUCGGUGGACAGCGUCUUAAAGAGGAUGACCAUCAUCGGGGUCAUUCUGUCCUUCCGCUCUCUGGCUCAGGAGGCUUUGAGAGACGUGUUGUCGUGUCACAUCCCGUUCCUGGUCAGCUCAGUAGAAGACUUCAAGGACCACAUCCCCCGAGAGACGGACAUGAAGGUGGCCAUGAACGUGUACGAGCUGUCCUCGGCGGCGGGGCUGCCCUGUGAGAUCGACCCGGCUCUGGUGGUGGCGCUGUCCUCGCAGAAGAGCGAGAACAUCAGUCCAGAGGAGGAGUACAAGAUUGCCUGUCUGCUGAUGGUAUUUGUGGCCGUUUCCUUGCCAACGCUCGCCAGCAAUGUGAUGUCCCAAUAUAGCCCCGCCAUAGAGGGCCACUGCAACAACAUCCACUGCCUGGCCAAGGCCAUCAACCAGAUCGCUGCUGCUCUCUUCACCAUCCACAAGGGAAGCAUAGAGGACCGGCUCAAGGAGUUCCUGGCUUUGGCCUCGUCCAGUCUACUGAAGAUCGGCCAGGAGACGGACAAGAUGACGACGCGUAACCGAGAAUCGGUCUACCUGCUGCUGGACAUGAUCGUCCAGGAGUCUCCGUUCCUGACCAUGGACCUGCUGGAGUCCUGCUUCCCCUACGUGCUGCUGCGAAACGCCUACCACGCCGUCUACAAACAGAGCAUCAGCGCCAACGCAUAGACGCGCCGCGUGACGCUCCGCCUGCCGUCGGAGCGUCUCCACGCGCGCCGGCACAAACGCAACACUACCAGAACACACUAAAUACGAGCGUAACACACUAAUCCAUUCCUCAAGCACUACUCCGACAUGGGCGAAAUGUUGACGCCUUUAAAACAAUUAACCCGUAGCGUUUGAAAAAAAAGUAUGACACUCAAAUUGCAGAACAAUGCUAAAGAUACAAACAGUCACUACUCCGUAAACUAAACAAGGAUUUAAAAUCACCAUAAACACAAACUAGCUGGGUGAAGUUUGGGGAUCAGUGUCUUUUAUUUAAUCGAUGUUUUCCAUGAUGUUGCCAGGGACCGUUACCAUAGCAACGCAUAUUAUAAAAUGGUUGGAUGAUAUAAAAAGAACAAAAAUAUAAAUAUAUAGUAUAUAUUUAGCUGACACUGAAGUAUUUUUUUUGUUUGUUUGUUAUUUUUGGAGAGUUUUUCGGUGUUCAGCUGAAGAGCUCUGGUGGUGGAUUUGGAGGAUUUCUUUGGGAAUGAAAGUGUUUCUGAUGUGAUGUGGGUUUUGUUCUUCUUUUUUUUCUCUCUUUUAUUUUCCAGGCUGUUUCAUCAAAGUGAGGUUUCCAUUGUUGAUACUGACAGACAUGUUGCUCACACGUUUACUCACACUGACACACAUCCUGAGCAGAUAUGAAGCCGCACACGUGCUAAUCUUUCUACAUUUUAUUGCGCGCAGACACACUACGAGGGACAAACUUGUAUAACAUGGUGAUAUAUAUAUAUAUUUUUUGUCCUUUUUCUCUUUUUUUUUUCUAGCUAGUGGUAACAUUAACUUUUUUUGUGGGUAAAGAUAAAAAAUAUCUGUAUUCUACUUUGAUGUGAACUGAAAUUGUCUGUUUUUAAUGUUUAUGAUUUUGUUAUUUUUAUGAUGUUGACAAUGAUGACAAUUUGCCAAAAGUGUUGACACUAAAACGUGUGAAUCAGGGCUUUGGAAGUGGAGUGCUCUGAGUUAUUAAUGGUGUGCGAUGCCAUUUCAGAUAUCCGGGUGGCUGCGCGGCGGCUCGGUCAACAGUAAAAGGUUAUACACAAACUAUUACAUGGGGAACAAGCAGCAGAAACGCCGGCAGGCCCUAACCCUCGGCUGGCAUUCAUCACACCCUGCUUCAGCAGGUGCAUCUUAUUUUCUCCAGGGUUCGUGCUAGAAAAUGUAAUUUAUAAUUCUGUCAACUUGUGCUUUCUGAUAGGAGUCCUUUCUCAAAGGAAAUUUCUUCUUUUUCCGACAUCUCAUUUUUACACUUUGUUGGAGCUGAAGCAGCCGGGGGGACGGCGGCUCUCUUAAAGCCCGCCGAGAGUCGACUAACUACACUCCAACAUUUGAUUAAUGUCUUAGCGCUUAACUUUAACAGGAAGUAAAUUCAACCAAUUCCUCUGCCGGGGCAAGGAAAUUGUAUUCGAUAUCAGAUUAGUGAACGAAUACAGGUUCCUGGAGCUGCAGUAAGGAAAUAAAUAAAUAAAUAUAAAGGUGUGCACUCUCGGGGGAGUUUUCACUGGAUUCGCCGCCAAUGUCGCAUCCACCAACGAACGUUUCAUACGAGAAAAAGUUUCACAAAGGUUGCGUGGGACCCUUAAGGAAAACGCAGACAACUUUUACAAAGUGGGGUCUGGUUUAUUUUAUACUUUUUUUUUUCUCUCAAUCAAGGCUUUGCAAGGGCUACAUAUUAGGAAACACAACGUGGAAAGAAAAGACAAAAAAAAAAAAUAGGCUCCUUUUAUGCCAGCCCUGUGCUCAUCUGUCACCCGGGGCUGUGUGUUAAAGCUCAUUUUGCAUACUAUUCAGGAUUUUCAUCUAUAAAUGUUUGAAAGUAAAAAUCUAGAAAUGGUUGAAGUGUGAAUAUUUACAUACGUUUUAGCUGGAAUGUGCUGAAACCCGAGAGACACGUGCGUCUCUGCCGUGGAUCUCAACCAUAGUAUGCAUUAUAAGCAUGAACGGAUAGAUCUGUAAACACAUUCUGCUAUCUGGUGUGGAAGGGUUGCGGCCUCUUUGUGUUUCUGAUUCCACCGUGUAACAUAAAUUACAUCAAUAAAAAAUAAUUUUAAAAA